AGUUGAGAAUCACAUGCUUACAGAACACAAAAUAACAAGCUAAAAGGUUUUACGGCUUCUUCCCUCAAAAUGGUCAGUGCUAAACUAACGCUGACCACGGAUGCAUUUCAGUUUGAGUACGCUGUGCCUGUGUUUGAAAUACACCGUAUGCAUUUCAGUUUGAGUAUGCUGUGUCUGUGUGGGAAAAGCACCGUGUGCAUUUAAGAUUGAGUACACUGUGUCUGUGUGGGAAAUGCACCAUGUGCAUUGCAGAUUGAGUAUGCUGUGUCUGGGUUGGAAAUGCAGCUCAGUGAUUGCGCCCUGUGUGUACAGCAGGCCCCUGUUAAAGGCAGUGUGGAGAUGAAGGGGGUGCAGAGGGUGGAGUUGGGGACCCUGCUGCAGGUCACCCGGGCCUUGGAGGCAGUGGUGGGCCCGUGCUUCGGUCCGUCCGGGGGCCAGGUCCUCUUCACCCGCGACUCUGGAGAGGUCCUCAUCACCAGGGAUGGCCGCAGGAUCCUUACCUCGCUUCGGCUUGACCAUCCCGUUGCCAGACGCUCGUUUUGGACGGCGUGAUCGGGCAGGGCCUCGCCCCUCGCGCCCUGUCCCUUCUCCAGGACUCCGCCCACCUGCGCCCGCUCACGGACGCCUACUUCCGGGGAAAGACGGCGAGCU